AACACGGAAGCAGCAGUCGCAGUUCUGUGCUUUGAUCUUUGAAGCUGAACUUGAACCCAGACCCGCCAUCUGCGACCCAGAAGCCCAGUUUGGGCGCAGGGGAGGGGGGAGGGAGUGUGAAGGAUGUAACAAAUUUUAUGUAUUGGCGAGGGAAGGGCGGGUCUCGUGUGCCUGCAGACGGGUUAUUUCCAAAACUGGAUUCAGUUUGUUUCACUUUUUGUUCAGUCUCUUUUGCUUUGGAGGCGCAGGGACUUCACUCGGUUCGACUGGUUUGGGAAAAUGAAGCUACUCCAUCUCACGGCCCUGUUAGUUGUAGUGCAGAAUACAAAAGGGGCCCACCUAACAACUUCAACAACUUCUGAAAAUGAUCCGUCGAUUGCCAGCACCUACAGUUCGUCUCAUUUCAGCUUGAGACGAUUGAAAAGGCAGAGUAACUGCACGCCUGAUCAGUAUUUGUUUGAAGGUGUCAAGUGUUGCAAUAAAUGCAGGGCAGGUACUUAUGAGAAGAAAUCCUGCAGCCAUACUUCUCCAUCUGAAUGCCAUCCAUGUGGAGAACAGGAAUAUACAGAUUCUGUUAACCGUUUGUCUGAAUGUCUCCCAUGUAACCAGUGCCAGGAAGGAAAUGGCCAAGAAGUAGAAAUUGAAUGUAGGGCAACCAGUAACACAAAGUGCCGUUGCAUGAAGAACUACUUCUGUAAGACUCCUGAAAAAUGCGACAGGUGUUUUCCUUGUAAAGAGUGCAACACUAACACUGAAGAGAUUGUACGGAUUUGUACAAGAACCAAUGACACAGUCUGCAAAGCAAAAGGAAAACAAAAUUACCUAUGGCUUAUUGUUUUGGUACCAAUACUAGUACUGGUACCUCUACUAUACUGGAAAAGGAAAAGCCUCCCAUGUAAUAAAAAGAAAAGUUUUGAUACUAAGGAAUCUGUGGCAUUCAUAGGGAGCAAUAGCCCUAAACCAGAGGAACCAGCUGUACCAGACAUUGACCUCACAGAGGACAUUCUGCAGUUCAUUGCAGGAGAGAUUGAACCAAGAGCCUACCACCAGCUUGGGAUACAUUUAGGGCUGGGUGAACCUAAAUUGCAACAACUUGAAGCUGAUUACAGAGAUGAUACAAAGCGGCAAGGAUAUUCUAUUCUAUAUUCCUGGCUCCAGAGUCAUGGGAAGAAAGGAGCUUUCCCUAAACUGAUAGAAGCACUCAGAAGGGAAAGUUGUGCUUACGCAGCUGAUAAAAUUAUGGACGUAUUGAUAAAUAGAAAAGAAAAUGAUGUAACUGUCCUUGAGUGAAACUGGCCAAGAAACUGAGCUUGUGUAUAUACCUUUGAUACUUUCUUUCUAGGAUGGCUCUAAUAAAAUGCCUACAUUAUUCAGAGACUCCAAGGUGUUGUUACAAGUUAUGACCGUGCUCUGAAUUCAGCAAAAGCUUCGUGGGUACAAUAAGAUAAAGUCAAAUUUGAAAUGUCAGAAUUCCAGCAAAGACUGACUAAAAAUUUAAGGAGAUGAAUGAAGUAAUCAGUUGUCUAGAAUUAAAACUCUGAAGUAGAAGUCUCUCAGUGUGAUGGUUAUUAAUUGUUAUUUCACCCAAUGGAAACACUGAAGAAGUAGAUUUUUGUGAUCAUCAUCUAAUCUUGGGUCGAUGCAGGAAAGUGUAAUAUAGAGAAACUGUCUCACUUUAAGCUUGUGUUACAAAUUAACAUAGACUUGGUACCAUCCAAGUAUUUUACCAGUCUCCAUGGCAUAUUGGACAAACAUGCACUGACGUAUGAAUUUUUUGAUUUUUAGUGUGAAUUUACCUUUUGCAUUUAUAAAACCUUUCUCAAAGAACUAGUAAUAUUUGAUCUCCAUCUCCUUUGUGUACAUGGAUUUCUGGGGUCCGGUAGCUCAAAGAGACCUUUUAAGAUAGGAAUGUAUAUAUUUUUUAUGUUGAUUCUAGGACAUCAUUGGCUCAACACCUAGUGUUAAGAAAAAUCAAUAAAAACUUGAUGUUGAGAGGUUGCUAGUUGUAUCUUAAACCAGAAUUGCUUCACUAGGGAGCCAGAUACUUAACCUUUCAUGUAGGCUAAGUAUGGCAAAUUCUCUAGGGCCAUUCUGAUGCAUUGUGGCUGAUUGGAUCCAAUGCUAUUGUGACGAAAGGCCUGCAAUCCCCCUCCUAACUCCUUGCUUCUCACUUGACUGUAACUGACCUUGAGUGACCUAAUUCUCUGAAACUGCCAAAAGAAAAAUUUUUCGAAAUUUAUAUGUUGAAGGAGGCAUCUUUUCCCACCUUAUAGAAUGUUCACAGUGUCUGUAUGUUGUUUAUAUUAUUAACUUUGUAUGAAUUAGGGUGACUAUUGUGGGUUUUGAGCACAAUUUGGAAUAUGAAGGUCCUUCAAUAACUUUAAAGUUAAAGAAACAAUGGUUGCAUUUUGUAUCAAUGAGAAAUCUAUUUUGUCCAAUGAAACUCAAAUCAUGUUCGUCAAUUAUAUGUGCCCAAGAGUUAUGUUGGUGUCACUGCAUGGCAUAAAUCUUGUGCUAUUUCUUCAGCAAUAAAGCAGGAAGUGCAUUGGGCCAAAUGUUCAGUAAUAUAGUGCUCAUGAACUCAAUGUAAUGAUUAACAAUUCUAGACUACUCAGCAAUGAAUGUUUGGAUUGAGUUAGAGGUCUUUAAUGAUUUGGCAGAAAAGGGAGAGAGAAGAAACGGGGCCCAUUAUGCUGCCCCUGUCCUUUUUUUCUACAUGUUUGACUAUGUGAGCAGACUUCAUGAACAUAUUAUGUUCUGUUCAAUAUUUCUUUAGCAUUCAGUUAAUUAUAUGUCAACAAGUAAAUAUACAGUCAAAUAUCUGUAAAUUAAAACUGAAUGCUAGAAACAAUGUGAAUGCUCAUACGUAGUUAAUUUUGUAUAUCCUUAUGCAUUGUAUUGCACUGAAGUCUGCUAAUUAGAUUAGAUCAGAUUAGAUUCAACUUUAUUGUCAUUGUGUCGAGUACAGAUACAAAGCCAAUGAAAUGCAAUUAGCAUCUGACCAGAAGAGCAAAAGAAUAGUACUAUUUUCAAAAUAACUGUGAAUAAAAAGUUAAGUGCUACAGCAUACAAAUAUAGAAGUACUGAGACAGUACAAUAUGGAUGCAAUACUGCUUAGCGCUGUGAUGAGAGGUUCAGCAGGGUCACAGCCUCAGGGAAGAAGCUCUUCCUGAGCCUGCUGGUGCGGGAGUGGAGGCUCCUGUAGCGCCUACCGGAUGGGAGGAGAAUAAAAAGUCCGUGGUAAGGGUGAGAUGCAUCCUUGAUAAUGUGUUUCGCCCUGCCCAGGCAGCGUUUGUAGUAGAUGUUCUCAGUGGUGGACAAUGGGUGCCGAUAAUCCGCUGAGCAGUUUUCACCACACGCUGGAGUGCUUUGCGGUCUGAUACGGGACAAUUGCCAUACCACACUGAGAUGCAGAUGGUGAGUAUGCUCUCAAUGGUACAGUGGUAAAAGUCCGUCAGUAUCCUGGGACAGAGGUGAGCUUUGUUGAUGCUCCACAGGAAAUAAAAGUGCUGUUGCACCUUUUUGAUCAGGAUGGAGGAGUUCAGGGACCAGGUGAGAUCAUUGGAAAAGUGGACACCAAGGAACUUGAAGCUUGAUACAUGCUCCACUACAGCUCCGUUGAUGUAGGUGGGGACAUGACUGUGGCUCCUAGCAUGCCUGAAGUCCACAAUAAUCUCCUUGGUCUCCUGAGUGUUAAAGGCCUGGUUGUUAUCGGCACACCACGCGGCCAGGUGCUGGACCUUGUCAAAUGGGUUUAUUUGCACAAUAGAAAGAAUAUAACGAAAGGAUUUGAAAAUACCUCAACUUGAUUCUCUCUUUAUUCUUCUGUGAUGUAUUAAUACCAUAAAAUUUAUGGUUUUUUUGGUGAAUAUCCUUGGUUUAGAUCAGUGAAAAAAAUGAACUAGUGUUGAUUUUGUCUGUUAGAUCAAUACAGGAAGAAUCUUCCAUAUUGUAUGACUGGAAGUUGUAAGCGCUUGUGAGCACAGUGAGAAUUUACUGAGAUGGGAUCACAAUAGAUUACAGCUAUAUAAUGAGCAAAAUUGUGCAUAAGAACAAUUUUCCUUGUCCAAUGUGAUUUUUAAACAUACAGUAUAUUCAAUUGAGAAUCUAUUUUGUCCACUGAUUAAUUAGAACAAUUUGUCAUUUUUAUUACAUUUUUAUGAACAAUGGAGUAAUAAAAACAAUGGUGAAAUCAAAUGUAUUUUAUUCUGCAGUAUUGAGUCUUUACAUAAUUAGAGAUAUGGCUUAUAAGAUUAUUUUGAUCAUGGCUAAUCAAAAAUAUUUUUAUCAAUAACCAUCAAUAUUUAGAUACAACAUAAUUUCACAAAUGCAAGUUUUGGAAUUUUUUUUGUGAGAAAUCUAAAAAUCUUCAUUAUAAUUUGUUUGAGAGAUCCUUUCCUGAAACACAUGUUGGAAAUAUCCAGCAAAAUAAUCAGAAACAAUCACUGCCAUAGGCUGUGAUAUUUGUUGUUUUGCAGUAGUAGUACAUCAUUUUAAAAAUCUAUAAAUUACAAUGAGAUAUAGUCACUAUUCUGCAAAAAGUCUUAGCCACAUUUAUAUAGCACAGCACUAUAGCAAUUUUCGGUACUGUAUUGCAUUGAGAAGGUAAAAUUGGAAGGGAGAGGGGAGGGAGCGGGAAG